UAAAGCAGAAUUGAAGAUCGUAGCGAUAUAGCGUGUUACCACUGUUACCUAUCGGAAGAUUCGUGGAUAUGGCUACGUAAUUCAAUUUGUGAAUAUAGAGAACACAUGUUCCGCUUAAGAAAUGCAGGUUUCCACUCUCAAGCUUGUCUUUGCUUCACGUCUCCAGUGUACGUACAAUUUGUAUACGUUCUGGUGAGCCAUGGUAUUCGAAUUAUUCGAUAGUGUUCAAGAAGAAUAGAUAAAGCAAGAACACGUGUUAGAAAAUUAUUGAACAACAAUUUUAGCUAAUCGAAGACAUCUUAUUUAUAUAAAGUUAUUUGGCGAAUGCAGUGAAAAUGGCAGAAUUAUCAAGCGAUAGCAAAAGCGAUGAUAAAAGUGAAAACGAUAUCAAAGGCGUUAAUAUAAGCAAUGGCAAAAGUGAGAGCAUAAAUGAUAACAAAAGCGAUAAUAUAAGCGAUGGCAAAAGUGAUAGCGUAAACGAUAACAAAAACGUUAAUAUAAACGUUGACGAAAAGGAAAUUAUUCGUAGGCAUUUCUACAAAAACCGCAUAAGAAAAGAUAAUAUUAAGUUAGAAUUUGAUGAUAGUACACCUCAAGAAGAAAGGCGCAGACUGUUACUGGAACAUCAGAAGAAAUUUAGAGAUGCAACAUUUAAUGCUUCACGCGGUAUAUCGCAAGAAUGUUCAGAGAAUGAAGAAUAUGUUAUGGAUGCAGAGGAGUAUACUGCGGAGGAAUACAUGGAUGUGGAGGAAUACAAGAAGGAUAUGGAGGAUAUGUAUAUGAGAGAGAACUUCGCCUCGUCAUAUUAUAGGAUUACUUCUCAUGAUUCCAGAAGUAAUCGAAUGAUGCUGUCCGAAUGGAUGAUGGAUGUGCCGCAAGAUUUUACUGAAAAUUGGAUUAUGGUUCCAUGUCCAAUAGGAAAACGAGUUAGGCUGAUCUCAGGCUGGGGUGAAACAAGGGCAUAUUCUAGAAAAGGUGCUCUACAUGGUGUUUUCCCUUCGGCACUUCCAGGUGGAAAUCCUGAUAGUGAUUUGCAUAACUCUGCUGCUUUAGAUUGUAUAUGGAUAAAAGAAAAAAAACUCUUUUACAUAUUAGAUGUGUUGUAUUGGAGUCAGUUGCCAUUCACGAAUUGUGAGGUUGAGUGUAGGUUCUUCUGGAUCAAAUGUAAGUUCCAGGAAAUACCCGAACUCAAAGAACGUGGCACUGAUACAAAUAGAUAUCCUAUCUUACCUCCACAAAAGAUUGAUUGUAACUCAGACUUAUAUACAGCUUUAACAAAUCUUAAUAUUGAACAUCCUUUGGAUGGGUUUCUAUUUUAUCAUCGUCAAGCACUAUAUACUUAUGGACAGACUCCACUUGUUACUUGGUUAAAACCUUUCAUGUUAUCAGAAGUACUUGGAAUAGCUGUACCUUCAUCAUGGCUUGAUGAGAAACCCAACGAUUAUAUAAAUUUUGAACAUCACGUGCAAAAAGUAAAAAGGAAGAAAAAUCAAUAUACAACUAAUAUUGUUACCAAUUCCAUGGAAAUAGAAGGUGUUGUUUAAAUUAGAGCUUAUUUUAUUAUUAUGAUCUCAAACUAGAAACAAUUUAUAUAAUAAUGUAAACUUAAUAUAUUUUUUUAUUGAUAAAGACGCAACAUAUGGAUGUGUAUUACAUCCUUUUUUCAAAAAGUGACGCAAUUAAAAAAAAUUAAGUUUUCCAGAAAAAAGAAAAAAAACUUUCAGUUUAUUAAAAAAUUGACUGAUUAUUUAAUAUCGACAAAAAGAAUAUAUUUCUUAGAUACAUGAUAAUGAUUCUGUCAUUUUUAAAACGAGUGCAAAUAUAUAUCUU